AACUACUAGUAAGUUUGCAAAUCGGUUGCUGAUUCAAGUCCCCCAGUCCCCCAGUCACCCAUGCGGAUGAUGGUUGUGGUGGUGGCGGGCUAUUUGCAGGAGUUGGUUGUCCGGCGGGAGAGGGCGCGAGGGAUUGAUCUGUGAUCCGUCUGCGCGGGAGCGGCUUUUUAGCCCGAACUUUGUGAAGGCAGGAAGGACAUGCCGCUUGGCGCCAUAAUUGAAACGGUCCCUUGGCUAGAAAUGCGCGGGGUCAGCGGAGAGCGAUUGAAAAUUUGGCUCCAUAGCUCGCGAGAUUUGGCGGGAUCUCCUGGCCGGACCUCUUCUCCCGCUUCUGGAAUUUUCUUCGCGCGGAGGGCGGUGUCCCUAAAGCCUUUUGCGAAAGCAGUGCGCGCUCGCCCGCACAGCUUAUCAGCCGCCGCCGUUUCUCCUUACCACUGCCCAGUCGCCGAUCGUGUUCGACCUCUGCAGACUCCCAAGCGUGAGGUCUUUCCUUCGCCUUCAUCUUCUGGUUGGCUUUAUUCCUGGUCAUCGUCCAGCAUUACCUCUCCUCCAUUGCCCAGUGCUCCUUAUUGUCGUCGCCCUCUCCCUCCGCCUACUCCUGCUCCUCUCCCUCUCGCUCUCCUUUUAUCUGUUGUCUUCCCCUGGUCAUCUUCCAGCGUUACCUGUCCUCCAUUGCCCAGUAUUCCUCGUUGUUGUCCUCUCCCUCCGCCGACUUCUGCUCCCCUCCCUCUCGCUCUCCUUUCAUCUGUCGGCUCUCGUUUGCCAGAUCUCAGAGGGAUUCGAAGUGGUAUCGGUACCCUGCUCCGCGACGGGUGUCAUCAGCCCGUUCGGUCCCGUCCGCCCCACUGGUCCCACAGCGCCGGUGGGUUCUGCCGCCCAGCCGUUGCUAACUCUCUCCCUGGCGAGUGUAUUCUGCACCACCAUAUCUUUGACUCUCAGACUUUUGACUCUCAGACUACGCUUCUGCUCUGUAACCGCCGUCCGCCCGCCUUGCCCACGUGGCGCACUCGAAUUGGAAAGAUCGAACGAGGGUACCGCUUGGGUAGCCGAUCGUCGGGGUUUCUGUCUCCUUCUUCCUCCUCCUCUUCUCGUAGACUUCCCUUGCGCGCUGUAAGGAGCUGGAUCUCAAGGGUGUUUGCGGGAACUGAAGCAUCGGGAGUGGUUGCGCGUGAACAGCUGAGCAACAUGAGGGACAUUGUGGAAUAUGCCAAAUCUGCACGUGCGGCGUGCAAGGCAUCUGGAUGUGGGACGAAGAUCGAGAAAGGCUGCUUGAGGGUAGGCCGUAUCACGAAAGGAGACGGAGGAUUCGAUGUCACAAGAUGGUUCCACCCAAGAUGUUACUUCAAGACUUCGAGCGAGGGUGAAAACGGUGCAUCCUGCGUUGAGGCCAUAGUUGGGUUCAACCUUUUGAAGGUUGCUGACCAGAACUUGCUUCACCACUUGGAGAAGGAAGGGAAGGGAGUGGAGGAUGGGUCCCGGAGUCCCAAAAGAAGGAAACUGGAUAGCAGCUACCCUUUGCAGUCAGAACCAAGCUCGCCUUGUGUAGUAAAUGAAAUGAUGACCCCUACCAAGGCUGCAAAUGUUGAGACAAAGGAGGUGGACAGAGCUGGAUGGGAGGCCAUUUUGGCAGGUUUCUCAGGAAUGCAGCUGUCCAGCGUCUACAAGGGAGCAAUUCUUCCGAAAGGAUGGAAAGCUUUCCAGUCUGUAAUAAUCUGGGAGGGCAAUGACGUCAAACCGUCACAUAAAAUUGCAAGUUUUGAUUUCGAUGGGUGCCUAGUAAACACAUCUGUUCGAAGGCAUGGUGCUGAUAGUUGGUCGUUGUUGUACCCAACAGUUCCACAGACACUCCAGAAACUUCAUGAAGAUGGCUUUAAACUGGUCAUCUUCACAAAUGAGUCAAAUAUUGACCGAUGGGUGAACAGCCGUCAGAAAGCCAUUGACUCCAAGAUUGGAAGGGUUAAAGGCCUUGCUGAGAAGGUGAAAGUUCCCAUUCAGGUUUUUAUUGCAUGUGCGAAGAAUGGGACCAGAGAUCCUUGUCGCAAACCAGGGAUAGGCAUGUGGGAGUUAAUGGAGAGGUACUUCAAUGGUGGCAUGGAAAUCGACAAGUCACUAUCAUUCUUCGUUGGUGAUGCAGCUGGAAGGCAUAGUGACUUCAGCUCCUCUGACAGAGAUUUUGCGAAGGAGGUAAACAUUGAGUUCUUGCUUCCGGAGAACGUGUUUCGGAGUGAUGGAAAACCAGAAGGUGUGUGAUCACUUGCAGCAGAGUGGUCGUAGUGCCAACAGGAGGAACAGAGGGUGAAAUAAGGUGGGCUGUGGGCAGGGCAGUAAAGAUGAUAAGCAGGGGAAAUGGAGUAUUUGGAACUACUUUCUGCUAUGUGUCUGCUUUGACAGCUAGCGAAGAGAGCGUACAAGCGGACAACGAUACGUGAGGAAGCAGGUACACUUCACUGCACUAAUGGGGGGCAACAUAGGCUAUGACAAACAAAACAAGAGGCGUUUUCUGCUGCCAAUGCCAUGUUCGUGCUUACGAUUGCUGCAGAGAGCUCACAUCUGGUGCUGAAGAUGGUGAGUGUACAGAUUCUUGUCACCGGGGCUCAAAUUUCUAGAGAAUUAGUCAUUCCUACAGUGUCGAAAUUCCUACGGUGUCGUGCAUAGCUAUCAAGUCGUAGAGCUGAUACAUCUGUGUAUACUGAAGUCAUAAAGAACUGCCCAAUGAACAGUUUGUGGAAAGAGGAACGGCAAAUGUGAUGUCAUGACAAGAUCCUCCUGAAGGAGGAACGAUAUAUGUACGUACUACGUACUCAAAUGUGUCAAAUAUAUAACUUUGCCUCAGAGGACUGCCUGGAGAACACUAGGCAGCAGUGGGGAGUUUUCCGCAAUUGGUGAAAGCCUUACGGAGCAAUGACGUGUGGAGGUAGAAGGCCGACAGUCGCGAACUCCUUUUUUCAGAGAGGAAAUUGUGACAGUAUCUGAAGAAUAAGCAUCGGCUAACUCUGUGCCAGCAGCCGCAGUAAGACAGAGGAUGCAAGCGUUAUCCGGAUUGACGGAUGGAUAGAGAGGGGCGAAGGGUUGGGGGGGGGGGGGGUGCGCGCAGAAGAUAUGGGUAGGUUAGAUGCAUUCUUGAUGACAGACCAGCUCCAACUUCAGAAAGUGUCAGGAUGAUGUUUGUAAUAUCGCAUAUGCUAAGUUUUCACAUUAACAUAGGAAAAGCACACAAGUUUUGUGUUGUUACUGGGAUAAGUGUUUAUCUGAAAGCUUUGCUCUUUUUCUCCGGUGUAAAGCUGCGUAUGAACGUUAGUUCAAACAUCUGAUUUUGAGAAUCAGAAUUUUCUAGGCUUAUUUGCAGUGUGACAGGAGUUCAGAGCCUAAGCAUCUGCUUAGGAAGAAUAAAAUUUUCUAGACUUA